AUGUUUAUUAGACUGAAUCGCAGUAAUAGUAGAAAACUUGUUAUGAGGGAGAGUUGGUUUUGGAUCAUUUACCGAGUGUCAGUGAUUAAGAGGUGUCAGUGGAGCUUAAUUGGUGGAAGCGAUCAAAAGUUGCGUAGUGUCGCUCUGGAGCCGGAUGCCGAGGUGGACAAGUGUGUCGGUGUCCGCGUCCGUUGCGAUUUCUCCCGCGUCACGCACGUCCGCGCUGCUCGCAUACUCGGCUACCUCUCGCCGCUGCCGCUGAUUGAUCCAAUUACUGAAUUACUGGAUUUGCAUGUGGUCGUAUUGUGGUGGUGCAGUGCACUGGCUAGUGAAAGUGAGCGUGAUGCGGGAGGCGCUCAGCUGAGCUGA